AGCCAAGGAAUGAAGCAAAUUUAUCAGUUCAAGUAGAUUUGGAACUCCAUGAUCAAUUCAAGAGUUAAACCAGCUACCAUAACUCUUUCAACACUCAUUAUUCACAAUCUUGCACAAUUCAGAAUCCCAAUUUUCCAAUCCCAACCAUACCACAGUCAUCAUCGUACUCACAGACACACUUCAAAAUCUUCACCUGAGCCUCAUAAGCCCACAAGAAACCUUCUUCGCAAACCAAUACCACUCCUUGCAGAUCUCAAACAAAUCCAAGAUCCUGAUGAAGCUAUUUCACUCUUCCAUGAUUACCAACAAAUGGGGUUCAAACAUGACUACCCAACUUAUUCUUGUCUUGUUUAUAAGCUCGCAAAGUCUCGAAAUUUUGAAGCUGUUGAAUCCCUUCUUGGGUAUCUCCAAACUCAUUAUAUUCGAUGUAAAGAAACACUUUUUAUUGGGUUAAUUCAACAUUAUGGGAAAGCCCAGUUAGUUGAUAAAGCUGUUGAGCUUUUUCACAAAAUGGGGUCGUUUAAUUGUUCGCGUAGUGUGCAGUCUUUUAAUGCAAUUUUGAAUGUGUUUGUUGAUAAUGGGCGUUCUGAAUCUGCUAAUGAGAUGUUAAGGAGUUGUUCGAAGAUGGGUAUCUGGUUAAAUUCUGUUUCGUUUAACAUUAUUAUCAAGAUGUGGCUGGAGAAGGGUGAUUGGGAAAUGGCUCGCCAGCUGUUUGAUGAAAUGCUUGAAAGAGAGGUUGAGCCAACUGUGGUUACUUACAAUUGUCAAAUUGGGUUUUUGUGUAAGAAGGGGGAUGUUGAAGGUGCUAAAAGUCUGUUUCAGGAUAUGGUUAAAAAGGGAAAGAAGGCAAAUGCAGUUUCUUAUGCUUUGCUGAUGGAAGGUUUAUGUUCUUUAGGGAGGUAUAAGGAGGCUAAGAAGUUGAUGUUUGAUAUGGAAUACCAAGGAUGUAAGCUGAAAAUAGUCAAUUAUGGUGUUUUGAUGACUGAUCUUUUGAAACGAGGUGAAAUUGGUGAGGCAAACAGUUUACUUGUGGAGAUGAAAAAAAGGCGCGUUAAGCCUGACAUUGUGAUCUAUAACAUGUUAAUUAAUUAUUUUUGUAAGGAAGGUAAAACCGCUGAGGCGUAUAGGAUGUUAGUUGAUAUGCAAAUUGCAGGCUGCUAUCCUAUUGCAAUUACAUACAGAAUGGUGGUUGAUGGAUUUUGUAAAACGGGAGAAUUUGAGGAAGGUUUGAAAGUUUUGAAUGCAAUGUUGAUGAGCAGGCAUUUUCCACGUAUGGAAACAGUAAGGUGUUUGAUUCUUGGUCUGCUUGAUAAAGGGAAGGUUGAAGAUGCUUGCUUUGUUUUGGAGGAGAUGGAGAAGAGGAAGAAAAAGUUCAAUUUUGAUUCAUGGGAAGUCAUUGUCAAGGAUUCUUGCACUAGUGAUAGGAGUCAUAGAGUCCAUUUAAGGAUAAUUUCAAGAAGGGUUUUUCUGCUUGGAACAAAGAAGCCCAACUGAAAAGAAGAGGACAACACAAACGAUCAAUCAAAAAGCAAAAGAAGAUAAACAAGAAAGGAAAGGCUACUACUACUAAGGUGCAGAAUGAGAGAGAAUUACAUGUAAUAUUGUUCUAGAGGGAAAAGAAUCAACACUCUUGGCAGUCCAAUAGUGAAAGAAGGAACACAUUCUAUAACAAAUAUGACAAAUCAAGAGGAAGAUUAAAACGAACCAAGCACUGCAGCCAAUACUACUGUCAAAGUAGGAUGAAUCCAAAGAGAACAACAUAUCAAAAGGAUACAAUCUGCAGAAAAUCUUCACUCAAGCACUUCGUAUAAGGAGCAUAGAAUGAACAAGUUGUUACCUGCAAGAUCAGUGUUAGAUGGACUAAUGGAGAAACUCGUGUUUAGUAUUAAUAGUGUAAACAAAGACAAAACACAACUUGAGAAUGUCAUUGUAGGAUUCCUUGAGGGAUGUUACUACUUCUUCCAACAUACCCUAGUCUUUAAUCGAUGACUUUAAUGUAAUCAC